CGGUUCGCGAUUGCGCCAACUGGAAGAGGAUGUUGUUAGCAGGCAGUGUAGAUGCACAGCCUUUUCACAACAAUAACAUCAACUAAUAUUUGCAUCUUUACAUCCCCGGACUGUGGAUUACACUUUGUCAACCUCUUCGGAUCCGGAUAUUGGAUAACAAACCUUACAUUUACACAUAUUUGAAGUUCUGUUUUCUUUAGACAAUGGAACAGGAUGGGUUUGCAGGUCUACUGGACUGUUUUUUCGCUAAAGCAGAAAAAAGAGUCUUUCCUUGCCAGCUAGGCCGCAGAAGAUUUUUGUCACGAUGAACAAGAGUCGACUGGUGGUAGAAUAUUGGAUUACUUGUCUAUACGUCUAUAGUUUGCAGCUGCUUUGGAACAUAAGCGUUUAUAGCGAUAUUAUCGUUCUUUUCUGCCGUUUUAGUUUGAGCCGACAACUGAAGCUAACGAGCCCGUUAGCUUCUCAACCUUGAGUGGCUGUCUAGUCCCAGUAGGUAGCUGGCUAGCUAGCGCUCUCUUAGCAACCUAAGCAAUUGGGGUUAAACUUUUCGUUGGGCUCUACGUUCACCAGAGGGUUCCCCCAAGGAUUUUGGCUCCACCAUUUGUUUUUAUUUUUUUCGAGGUUGCUUCUGGAUGAAUGUGGAACAAAAUGGAGACGCCGACGAUUGUGUACGAUUUGGAUACCUCUGGAGGCUUGAUGGAGCAAAUCCAAACUCUGUUGGCACCUCCGAAGUCAGAAGAUGUUGAGAAAAAGAGUCGGAAGCUUGUAAGAGACGUUCGGAGAAGCGGUAGGGCCACAAACCACGACACCUGCGAUAGCUGCCGUGAGGGGGGAGAUCUGCUGUGCUGCGACCACUGUCCAGCUGCUUUUCAUUUACAGUGCUGCAACCCACCACUUAGUGAAGAAAUGCUUCCUCCUGGGGAAUGGAUGUGUCAUCGCUGUAAUGUGAGAAAAAAGAAGAGGGAGCAGAAGCCUGAGCAAACAAAUGGCUUCCCAGAACGAUCUUCAACUAAGCGUUCCACUUCUCCGAUGGGAGAACUUGAGCUGAACACCGGCCCGUUGAGACUUGACGGCCUGCCUCCAGGGGCAGGGGCUGCCGGUCCUGGUUUACGAGUGGCUCAAGUUCGUCUCCUGGAACGCAGGACAAGCAGCAGGCCGAGCAGUCGUCCCGGGACACCGACAUCCAACACUUCAUCCACCCCGACCCCAUCAGAGGAGCAAAACGAUGGAGAGGAGGAGGCAGCUGAACCUGAGGAUGAUGUCCAGGCAGUUGAACCUGAUGGUGCGACGCUGUCUGUGCCGCCACCGCGUCUGCUCAAGAGACCCUUUCAGCUCCUUAUUGCUGCAGCCAUGGAGAGAAAUCCCACACAGUUCCAGCUGCCCAGUGAGCUCACGUGCACUACUGCACUACCAGGCAGCAGUAAACGAAGGAGAAAAGAGGAGCUGCUGGGUAAGCCGUUCAGGAGACCCCAGCACGAACUGGAUCCCAAUGGCCUGGUUCCUCUACCUGUCAAAGUCUGUUUUUCAUGCAAUAGGAGUUGCAGAUUGGCUCCGCUGAUCCAGUGUGAUUAUUGUCCACUUCUUUUCCACAUGGACUGUCUGGACCCCCCACUGACAGCUUUACCUGCUGGCAAGUGGAUGUGUCCAAACCACGUUGAGCAUUUAGUGCUGAACCAGAGAACCCUUAGCUUGUCAAGCCGCUGUCAGCUCUUUGACCAAUUCCAGGACAGGAUAUCUCAGCAUGCUGUCAGGUUGAACUUUCUUCGUAGAGUCCAUCGACAGAAUGCUCCCAAUAGGCGGUCCUCUUACCAGAAAAAGAAAACAAUAAAGGUGCCAGAUGCAAUCAAGUCUCAGUACCAGAAUCCUCCCCCCAUGCUGCAUCCUGCAGGGGUGCAUGAGAUGGAGUUGGUCUGUAGCAGACUACCCGGCCUCCUUCCAUCGAAGCACCUAACAACCGAGAUUGAGCAAGAGGAGUGGCUUCAGGACAUCAUUGCACUCCAAUGUAGCAUCAUGAGACACUUAUCCAUUAAUCAGAAGGUCAGAUCUGCUGCAUCCACAGAAAGUCCGGCCAAAUUUGAGAGUAAAAAAACAUGUAUUGCAUCAGAAGAUAUCAAAAUUCAGGCCAGUGAAGAAAGAACCUCCCAUGAUCCAUGCUCUAAGCCCUGCGUCAUGCCCGAGUCCCCAGAAGGAGCCUUUAUAUCCAGGAGCACAACAGCAGAGCUGGGAGUUUGUAAGUGCAGCUUGGCACCUUGUCCGAAAUGUAGGAAACCGAAUGGACCUCUGGCAGAGCUUCAGCCCUCAAGAGCCAAUGGACCCCUAGACUGUAAGGCCGCCUCAGACCCCUGCAAGCUGCCUGACCUUCAACACAGACUAAAAACUAAUACAAAACCAUCCUUGGAGACAGAUAUUCCUUCAGCGACAAUGAACCACAUAGGAACGGAAACGGUUAAAAAAGAUCCAGAGAGUUCAACUAAAGCCUUCAUUCAGAAGAACUGCCCCACAGGCCCAACAGUUUGGCCACUCAACACCCAGCAGAACUACAGGAGCCAGACGGAGCUUCAGGAGCACUGUUUGAGCAGCGAUGAAAAACCGCCGGCCUGCAUCACCAGCGACUCCUCGCCAGACUCGCCACCAAAAGUCACCGAUAAGCCCAACUCCACUAAACAGGGACAAUUAUCGCUGCCACCAGAUGUAAAAGUUGGUUCUGGAUUGAUGGACUCAUUGGUGCCCAGUACACUCUCUUCUCACUCAAACCUUUCCACGUUCAUAAACAGUGCAAGAGACGUAGCAGGGAUUGAGCUGGACAAGUUGGAUGCAGAAAUGAUUAAGCUCCUGGCCUACCAAAGGAUCCAACAGCUCUUCCCCCCCAAAGUUCUCAGCCCACCUCCUCCUCCAGCCUCAAGCACUUCCUCAAAAAUCCCUCCCCCGCACCAUGACGGUCAGAGAAAGGUGAAGGCACGAGCUGUUUUCUAUCCUCUGGCGGGAAGAGGAGAGACUGUAAACAUGUGCUACAGGACAUUGUACAUAGGAUCUGGUGCCGACAUGGAUGUGUGCCUUACGAACUACGGUCACUGCAACUUCAUAUCGGGAAAACACGCCUGUAUUUUCUACGAUGAGAAUACAAAGCACUAUGAGCUCCUCAACUACAGCGAACAUGGUACAACAGUGGAUAAUGUCCUUUACUCGUGUGAUUUCUCUGAGAAGGCCUCUCCGCCCCCACCCAGCAGCCUUGUAGCCAGGGUCCAAGGAAUAAUCCGUCGCAGCAAGAAAAGAGAGGAUGACAAGGCGGUUGGUUUUAUGCCAGCUGGGGGAGUGAUGAGCAGUCAGCCUCGGGGCGGUGUGGAGUCGGCAUGCAGCUGUAAAGUUAGCAGUUCCAGCCUCAUAGGUGGCAGCGGUGCAGGCUGGGAGGGGACGGCUCUCCUGCACCAUGGAAGUUACAUUAAACUCGGCUGCCUUCAAUUCGUCUUCAGCAUCACAGAGUAUGCUGACGAACUGCCAAAGGAGGAGAACGCUGUUCUUCACCCUUCCUGGUGCACAAGUUCCACCUUGAGCAGUGAUGGUAUGACCAGCUCUGCUUCUGCCUCCACCUCCACACCCCCACCACCCACCGCUGCCAUGGUAAGCAGCCCCUCCAGCCAGGAUGAGGCAGACACCAAGUCUGCUACUCCCCACCAAGUGCCCGUGCUGCGCUUCAACUCCGUUCCAUAACAUGUACGGGACAUGUGUUCUUCUGUUUUAUUUUGCACCUUCAGUGUCACAAAAAGGAGAAAACUACAUUGCAGGACGGUCAGCCGUAAAAGCCGCAUCCCCCCAUUUCAAAUUGUUUAUAUUUGCAUGAACUUGAAGUGUUAUUGACAAUCCCUUCUGUUUGAGAAUGACUGACAGUAACUUUGUUUUCACUUGAGACUGUUAGUACCUUGGGAAAAGAUUUACUUGAGCUUAUUUACUUUUUACAUUAUAUAUUAGUUAUUUGUAAUAUAACCUUGCUGUGUCAGUCAAAAUCAUUUAGCUGUAAACCUUUUGCUAGUAUUCCAUGUGUUGUUUUUGUUAUGUUUGUUUUGCUGCUUUUGCACCACAGGUAGUUAUAAAUUUAUGUAAACAUACAUGCUUACACACUAUGUAAACAUACUGUAAAUGUAGAGGAUUCAGUGUUCCCCAGUUAGAGGAACUUUGAAACCAUGUAGAUUUACCAUGUUUUUUUGUUUUUUUUACUGUACAGUCCAUGAAAAUUGAGAUAACGUGUAGACUACCUUUAGUUUUGUGAUACAACUUGUUCUUAUGUACUUUCUGCUCUUGUUCAUCUGUCAAUACCAUAUAGUUUUAGCACUCAUUUUAACAUCAUGUGUUGCUCUGUAUAUAUAUAUGCAUUCUUGGUCUAUAUUGGCUUGUCUGUUAAAAAAAACUGUAAAUACAGAAAGAUUUUUUAACAACCA